AUGGGUGGGUUUCUUUCUCAUUUGAAGCCCGAAAAAAACCAAGAAGUGCUGAAUGCCAGCUGUGGACCGAUUCGAGGAAAUAUCAAUAAACAUGGAGAGAAAAUUGUUGAUGGCUAUCUUGGAAUUCCCUACGCGAAACCUCCUGUCCGGUUCGAAAAGUCUGUGGCUGCUCAAAAAUGGACCGAACCUCUCGAUUGCUACAAGUACGGUCCUGGAUGUCCACAGUCUGGAAACUUCUCCGUCAUAUUUUUAGAAUAUUUUUCAGAUAUGUGUCAUGACUGGAUGACAUUCGACGAGGACAAAUGUUUGAACCUGAAUGUUUUUGCCCCGAGAUGGAAAUCUGAUGAGUUUGUAAGUUUGGGCUCUGAAGAAUCCUGUUAA